GGGGCUGUGUUGAUGACGUGUCCGGGGCGUGGCGGAAGUGCGGCCGGAAUAGAGGAGUCGGUCUGUCGGUCCGUCCGCGGUCCGGCGGUGGUCGCCCCUCCCACAUGAGCCUCCCCCGGGAUGAGCUCCAAGGCCAAGCGGGUGCUGCCCACCCGCCCUGAGCCCCCCAGCGCGGAGCAGAUCCUGGCCGACGUGCAGGGCACGCUCCCCUCCGACCCCGUGUUCGUCCUCCCCGCCGAGCCCCCCCAGGACCCCGGCCCCGCUCCAGGUGAGCCCUCACUGGGGAAGGGGGGACGUGGGGACCCCCCAGCCCCGCUGAGCCCCCCCAGGACCCCGGCCCCGCUCCAGGCUGCCCCGAGCCCGCGGCCGAGGAGCGGGAGCGGCUGUACCGGCAGAUCCGCUCCUACGUGGGGAUGAACCAGCGGCUGCAGCGGUCCCGGGAGCAGCUGCGGGAGCGGCGCCAGGAGCUGCAGAGGGUCGGGGAGGCGCUGGACCGCGGCAUCGCCGAGAUGAGGCAGAAGGCGUUCUAAAGGACCGUGGUGGGCGCCUAGGGACCCCCCCCCACGCUGUGAUUUCACCUUCCCAAAGCGAUUUGCGUCGGGAGGAUCCGGAUUUGCCAGGACAGCUCCGGCUGUGCCACCCCAGUGAGCUUUUCCCAGGGAACACCGGGAUCCGCCAGGCCGGCACGGUGGCACCUUCCCGGUGCUGGGAUAAAGGCUUGCAGCCCUCCUUCUGCCCCUGAACCGGCUGCCAUGUCCCUCGUGGGUGGCACAUCCUCUGCUCCCUACGACUUUUCCCUCUGGUACUUCCCCGAGGAUGACCCCAUCGCCUCCCGCAUCGCGGAGCGCCUGAGAGAGGAGGGAUUUCGGGGCUUCACCGAGCACCAGGACCGAGUGGCCGGGACAUCCGUCAUCCUGACGGCCGUGGAGGCCAUCGAGGCCAGCCGGGUGGCCAUCCUGCUCCUCUCGGCCAAGUCCCUGGGUGACCGGUGGUGCCAGCGCGUGUCCCAGUGGAACCUGUUCAGCAACAUCCACCAGCGCGGCCCCAGGGUGGUCCCCGUGUGCGUGGGAGUCACCAGAGCCGAGGUGCCCCCGUUCCUGCAGCACCUGGUCCCGCUGGAAUACCAGAACGAAUUCUUCUUCCAGCGGCUGCUGGCCAGCCUGAGGUCCCGCCCAAGGAGCGGGGCCAGGCGGGUCCCGCCCAAGGGGACAAACUGAGGGGACCCCCCUGAGGGGGGCUGCGUCGGGAGCCAGCACCGCCCCAUGGUGUAAAAAACUGCCUUGUUUUGCUAAUAAAGGUGGUGGGAAUGGGUCACAAAUCUCACAAAACCCCAUUUUUGGGA